AUGUUGAUCGUCCCAACCACCAAGGAGCAGCGCACGGAUUACAAAAAGACAUUGCACCAAUUCUUCGCAAGAUUGUCCAUUCCCCGUGGUGUACAACAACCAACCACUUAUGACAUAGGACUGGGCACGGAACUGCCACAGGACCUCAAGGGAAAAGUAACAUACGUGCCGGGGUUCAUCGACGAGGGUGGCUUUGGGAAGGUGUACAGAGGGAUAUACAAAAUUGGCCGGGGCAAGAAAAUAUGGGUUGCUGUCAAAUUCCUGGAACUACCAUCUGGCCCCAAUAUGGCUGCAAAGGCCGCACAGGCAUCCCUCAUAUCGCCCCUUUGCCCUCAUGGCAAUUUGCGGCAGUACCUGGAUAAUAACCCCCUUGUGCACCGUUUACCUCUUGCAUGCCAAAUAGCUAGUGCCAUACACUACAUCCACGCACAAAACAUUGUUCAUGGUGAUAUCAAACCUGAAAACAUACUGAUGGACGAGGAGUAUAGGCCCCUACUAUGUGAUUUUGGCCGGUCUAGGAUCAUAGGCAUGGACGGAUUUGAGACGGCUUUGGCAUCCUCCCAGCACUACACUGCCCCAGAGCUUCUCAAUUCCCCGACGCAAAUAGUGGCAUUGACCAAGCCAUCUGACAUCUAUUCCUUAACGGUAACUUUGUUGCGAGUGGUCACAAACCGGCCUCCGUUCCAUCCCUUCGAUGGACCCUAUAUCGUCCGCCUCCUUUCCGAAGGAAAAAGACCAGAUAUCGAGACGUACCGCGACUGCUCAGAAAUGUCCGAAGGUCUCUGGGAGAUCUUUGACCUAGGAUGGGCGGCCGACCCCAUUCGCCGACCAAAUGCACAUCAAUACAUGACGCAGCUGGAAGCACUCUCUCCUACUACCCCCUCUAUUAUCCCUGCGUAA